UUCAUUUCACCCCCUUGCUGUCAGUGUGCAGACACCUUUAUUUUUGGACUGGGGGAGUAGAGGUGGAGCUAGGAAAGGGUUGCCAUCCACAGCCCACAAACACACAGGCACACCCACAGAGACACACAGAGGCUGACACAAGGACACCUGCAGCACUCACAGGCCGCAGCUCCCACCCAGGAAACCCGUCCAAUCCAAGACCUCUGCCUGCAAAUCCAGGAUAUUCCAUUCCCUGCCAUGUCCACAUUAGCACCAUCCCCCCCCACCACCACUGCCAUCCCCUCUGUGACCAGUAGCCCCACGACCACCAGUAGCCACCGCCACCACAGCACACCACCGUGGGUGAACUGAUGGAGGAGCCCUCUGGGACUCUGAUACAGCAUGGAGGAGACCCCCAGUGGGAAGGGCAGAAGGAGGGCGACGAGCUUCCUAGGAGCCCAGAGGACAAGGUCCAGGAGCUCAGGCCUCUGCAGCAGCCGUGGACUCCAAACUCCAGCCCUGCUGGAGAGCGUUUUCCCUGCCUGUGUCUGAGCCUGCCCUCUCCCGCCUCUCCCUCCCUCCCACACCCACGGAAAGCUGGUCCCUAGCAGGAGCUAGUGCUGGAGGUGGAGGCGGCUGCAGAGAGAGAAGCCUAGGAGGGAGGGGCACAGCCCUGGCUGAACCCACAGGAUUGGCCAAUCUGCACCCUCUCGGCCAGCACCUCACUAAAGAUUCCUCAAAGCGACAGUGACCUUACCCUCUGCUCUGAGCUCUGCUGGUCCCAGCCAGGAGAGCCCGAGUCAUGAGGUGGGCACCCAGUGGGCAGGGUGGGCCGCAGGGGCCUUCUUGGAGGCAGCGGUGAGUUGGGAAGGGGCGGCUGGGCCCCGCAGGGGGCACGAUGGACAAGUUCCGGAUGAUCUUCCAGUUCCUGCAGUCCAACCAGGAGUCCUUCAUGAACGGCAUCUGUGGCAUCAUGGCCCUGGCCAGCGCCCAGAUGUACUCAGCCUUCGACUUCAACUGCCCCUGCCUGCCAGGCUACAACGCGGCUUACAGCAUGGGCAUCCUGCUGGCACCACCCCUGGUGCUCUUCUUGCUGGGCCUGGUCAUGAACAACAACGUGUCCAUGCUGGCGGAAGAGUGGAAGCGGCCACCGGGUCACCGGGCCAAGGACCCCGCCGUGUUGCGCUACAUGUUCUGCUCCAUGGCCCAGCGUGCCCUCAUCGCACCCGUCGUCUGGGUGGCCGUCACACUACUCGACGGCAAAUGCUUCCUCUGCGCCUUCUGCACUGCCGUGCCUGUGACCGCACUGGGCAAUGGCAGCCUGGUGCCUGGCCUGCCUGCCCCUGAGCUCGCCCGCCUGCUGGCCCGGGUGCCCUGCCCUGAGAUCUACGAUGGUGACUGGCUGCUGGCCCGAGAGGUGGCUGUGCGCUACCUGCGCUGCAUCUCCCAGGCACUGGGCUGGUCCUUCGUGCUGCUGACCACACUGCUGGCAUUCGUGGUGCGCUCCGUGCGGCCCUGCUUCACACAGGCCGCCUUCCUCAAGAGCAAGUACUGGUCCCAUUACAUUGACAUCGAGCGAAAGCUCUUCGAUGAGACAUGUACGGAGCAUGCCAAGGCCUUCGCCAAGGUCUGUAUCCAGCAGUUCUUCGAGGCCAUGAACCAUGACCUGGAGCUGGGUCACGCCCACGGGGCACUGGCCACGGCCCCUGCUUCCAAGGCUGCCCCCAUUCCCCCUGACAGUGGGGAGGAGGAAAGGGAGAAGCUGCGUGGCAUCACGGAUCAAGGCACCAUGAACAGGCUGCUCACAAGCUGGCACAAAUGCAAACCGCCACUGCGGCUGGGCCGGGAGGAGCCGCUGAUGGGCAACGGCUGGGCUGGGGGCGGGCCCCGGCCUCUGCGCAAGGAGGUGGCCACCUACUUCAGCAAAGUGUGAGGCACGGCCAG